AUGACAUCAACCUUACUGCUGAUUUGACGAAUAUAACCCGGGUAAUUUAAAUCAAGUUAAAUGUACAUCUGAAAAUCAAUAUUUUUGCAACGCACAUCUAGUGUCUAAAUCUAGAUUUUUGUUCAACAUAGAGAAUCAAAUUGAUUUUUAAUUUUCUUAUAAGUAAAUGAAGAACGACGGUGUCUUUUUCAAAUUAGAUAAAGCCAAGUAUUUUUUGGAAAUCUGCCAAUUUUGAUGUUCGUCAGAUUAUUCUUAAACAGAGGUUUGUUCUGUGUAGCAGUGAAGGAAUUUGGUAAAUCAAAAUCAUCAAUAGUUCAAUCUAAAACUACGCGUGAAUAUCGGAAAUUUUUUGGAAGUAUGAAAUACGCAAAAUUAUCGCAGACAGAAGAUUUGAUGCCCACUUUAGGUUUAGGUACUUGGCAGGCUUCACCAGAUGUGAUAGAAUCUAUAGUAUAUAAAGCGUUAGAUUUGGGUUACCGGCACAUUGAUACGGCAUUCAAUUAUAAUAAUGAAGAGGCCAUUGGAAUCGCAAUACAAAAAUGGAUUAAUGACGGGAAGGGAUCAAGAAAAGAUUUAUUCAUUACAACAAAGUUACCCCACGUUGGAAAUAGAGCGUCGGACGUAAAAAAGUUCUUAGAGCUACAGCUUCAGCGAUUGCAGUUAGAUUAUGUGGACUUGUAUUUGAUACAUGUACCGUUCGCAUUCCAUUGCGACCCAAAGACCCUCACGCCAAUAGUAAAGAGCUCCGGAGAGUAUGAACUGGAUGAUGAGACUGACCAUGUUAAGACUUGGAAGGCAAUGGAAGAUUGUCAAAAAGACGGUUUGAUUCGGAACUUGGGCUUAUCUAAUUUUAAUGAGAAUCAAAUAGCAAAUAUAAUUAAGAGCGCUACACUCAAGCCGCAAGUUCUUCAAGUGGAAUUGCAUGCAUACUUUCAACAAAUACCAUUGAGGCAGUUUUGUGAGGAACACGAUAUAGUAGUGACUGCUUAUGCACCAUUAGGUAGUCCAGGCGCCAAGAACCAUUUCGUCAAUAAAUACAAUUACAGCCCAGAUAAAUUUCCGGAUCUACUCGGACUACCAGAUGUAAAGAAAAUAGCCGAAAAGUACAAAAAGACACCCGCCCAAGUUUUACUUCGCUUUCUAGUUCAGCAAAAAGUUAUCGUUAUACCUAAAAGUACUAGCGAAACAAGAAUUAAGGAAAAUUCAAACAUAUACGACUUCGAGUUGUCUUUGGAGGAAAUAAAGUCUUUGAAGAACCUGGAUAGAGGUGAAGAUGGACGCAUCUUCAAUUUCUUAUUUUGGAAGGGAGUUGAAAAUCAUCCGGAGUACCCUUUUAAAUUGCCAGAAAUGUCUUCUUAGAGAGAGUAUGCUUUGUAUUAUACAAAGCUAUUGCUUCUUCAUUCCCCUGGUAAAUAGUUCUUUAGAAAUAUGUUAAUUUAUCUGUGUACCACUAUUUAACCGUCAUGGAUGUUAUGUGAUAGUGUGGAACACAAAUUGCUUCAGAGAAGUUUCAGUUAAUAAAUAUAUAUUUUAGAAAA